UCUCGCACGUACUUAUUGGCUAUUAGACGAUGAAUUUCUCAAGUUUCAAAAUUUCCUAUUUAAUAUCCAAUUAGCAUACCGAGGAAAUGUGACGUAUAAUAUUCGAAAUGUUAUUAUGUUUAUAUGUAAAUCCUCUAACGGAUAAAUCUCGCUCCCUUUUUUCUCGUCUCUUCGAUUUGUACCUGUUGCUUAACAUCUUGUUCGAAAAAAAACAGCAACAAGUAUAUACGUAUGUACAUAUAUAAAUAAUAUAUACAUAUAUUUACAUCUGUUCUUUUUCCUGUGUGUGGAUAGUAAAUCAUCUGGCUACUUUAGAGAAAAAUGUGUAAAAAUUUAGAUAAAGUAUACAAUAAGUUCUUCUACGCGACCGUGUGUCACAUCUGUAAGCGAUACGGUGAAAGAGUAGUUUUGAGGAUGUGUAGCGGAUGCAAAUUGAUCUCCUAUUGCGGUCAAGAUCAUCAGAAACUACACUGGCCGCAGCAUAAAGAUCUAUGCAGAGCUGUGAGAUAUAUGCGUGAGACUUACCCUUCAGAAUUCUCUUCGUCCGAAGAGGAGAAAGCUAUGAUGCAGCUUGUAAUGUUAAAGUCGAAAGUGGCGUUGAGACUGGAACGUAAGUUACUACCAUACGAGGUACAAAUGUUCAAAUAUCCAAAAAUGUGUCUAGUGUGCAAAAAACAAAAUCAAUUGGAAAACUGUUCAACUUGCAUAUCCGUGAGCUUCUGUAAAAACCACAAGAACAAUCAUGACAAAGGGACCUGUGAUAUUCUGAGAAUGGCCUUCACCGCAUAUAUGUCACUAUCUUCCGUAUCGAAGCCAGUUUGUGUAAAUUAUAUAAAUCAAAUUUCUGAAAAAAAGGUAUUUUGCAACAUGAAAGAGUUUUUAAGUGUUUAUGAAGACAUCAUUAAAACCUCUUUGAAACCGCCGUACAAAUUGUUUAAAAUUGAACAAUCAACAAAUUACACAAAACCAUUGACAAUAAUUCAUGGAAUACAAAUGUUAAAAUAUAAUCCGCAGAAGAAAUCAUUGGUUUUUCAUGUUAUAGCUAGAAACACAACAGAUAUGUGGUGCUUGCCGUGUUGGGAAAUUAUAUUACACUUGCUUCCUAACAUAAAAUCACUGAGGUUUAUACUUAUAGGGCCAGAUCGAACAUCCCUCAAUCAUAAACUGAACUUGUGUAAUACUUGUAAACAACAAAAAAAGAAAAUUUCAGUAGAAUGGCUAGAUAAAUCAUUUGGAGACUAUGUGGAAGAGACUGCGUUUAAGAAACCAGACUUAAUUAUAGGUUUUCAUCCUGGUUUUCCUAGGUGUGACAUUGAAGGGAAUAAAAAUAUAAGAAACAAAUGGGUGCCAUCUAUUCAGAUAUUAGCUAAACAAAAUUGUCCGUUAAUUUUGACAUGUUACUCGGAAUAUGAAGCUAAAUUAGAUGUAGAGAAUAUAAAUUUGACCUUAGGAAAAAAUAUAGAUUAUCUUUACUGCGAAAGGAAUCCAUUUGCCGGAUACAGGCCUUAUAGAGAAUCUGACGACGAAUCACAAUUUCCUGUGUAUUUUGAAAACUAUUAUUUACUUGUUUACAAGAAUCUCUGUAAUAACAAAUGAACGUUUUAUCAUAUUGGAUUUUUUAUUGUAUUAGCUACUGAGAUGUGUUUUAUAUGCUAUUUUACAUGUAUAUUUUUCUACUGAUUUAUUUGACCAUUAUGUUAUUAAAAAAAAAAAAAAAAGAUGUAUUAUCAUUGAUC